UCACUUUGUCAUUUAACUUUCGAGUGGAUCUCUUUUAGUUUCACUUCAUAAGUGAUUGUUGUCAAUUAGUCAUCUAUGGAUGGUCUAAGUUGGGAUGGAUCAUCACAACUUGUUGCUAACAGUCCAAUCUUGUGGAGCACUGAGCCCCAAGACCUUGAAGGAUAUCACUACCACCCCAUGCCCCACCUAAGUUCAAGUGUUCUCAAUCAAACGGGUUUUCUGUAUCCCAGUUCUGAAAAAGUGAGGGACAUGGUUGAGUCAUCCACUUCUGAGAUGAUGAGUGUGAUGGCAAACAGAAACACAAAUCUACUGGUACAAAGAGCAUCAACCAUGCCUGUGAAAUCACGAGCAGCUGGAGCCACUUGGGAAGAGGCUUUAACAUCACGCCCGUCCCUUUCGGUCAAUGUGAACCAAACUAGUAACUAUGUGGCAGAUUUCAACAUGGUCCACCAGCAACAACACCUUAUCAAUGGCACACAAAACGGCAAGGCUACAUGCUCUCUUGAGUCACUUGAUUGCUUGCUUUCAGCCACUAAUAACAGCAACACAGACACGUCUGUCGAAGACGAUGACGGGAUUUCCAUGAUUUUAUCUGACUGCAGAAACUUAUGGAACUUCAGUUAUGGCAGUGCAGUUUCAUCUGGUGAGUCUGAGAGCAAUGCGUCCAAUGCUAGAAGUAAAAACAGUGACAUGGGGUAUCAAGUCAAUGAGCUGGAUGAAACAGUAUCUCAAAGUUUCUCUGAUAAAUAUCUCACUCCAGGAGGAGUUAUAGAUUCUGAAGUUAUUUGCACAAAAAGGAGCAAUUCCUGCUUCAGCAUUGCUCAGAAUUCUUCUACCACUGAAGGUGGUUUCAGGCUUAUCUCGGAGACUUUACCGAAGUCCAAGAAACCCAAGUGGGAUCAUAAGCGUCCUGGUUCAUCAAACAUCAACUUCCAGCAGCCAAAUUCAUCUAUGACACCUUCUUCCUUAGAAGAGCCUGAUCCUGAGGCCAUAGCACAAAUGAAGGAAAUGAUAUAUAGAGCUGCAGCUUUUAGGCCAGUGAACUUGGGCAUGGAAGUGGUAGAGAAGCCUAAAAGGAAGAAUGUCAAGAUAUCAACUGAUCCACAAACUGUGGCUGCCAGGCAAAGAAGGGAGAGAAUAAGUGAGAGGAUUAGGGUUUUGCAGAAGAUUGUGCCUGGUGGAAGCAAGAUGGACACUGCAUCAAUGCUUGAUGAAGCUGCAAACUACCUCAAGUUUCUCAGAUCACAAGUCAAAGCACUAGAAAAUCUAGGUAACAAGCUUGACACAAUGAAUUGUCCUCCAACUAACAUAGCCUUCUCUUUCAACCCUUCUUUUCCCGUACAAACACAUUUCCCCAUCCAAAACCCUAGCAGCCACAUCCAACAUUCCAAGGGUUGAAAACUUGAAAUGAUUAUUAGCAUGGAAGAAGAAAAGGUGUAAAAAGGGGUCUGAGAAUCCAUAACUCUAAUUAUUUAUCCAGUGACUAUGAUUAACAUAUGCUCAUGUCCUAGGCCAAACUGCAAAUUUGUUCAUUAGUAGUCAAUCUUGUAAUUUUCUUGAGAAUAUCGACA